UAUUAAACAAUAGUAUAAAGAAUGAUAUUUCUUGUUCUCAACCGAUCAAUUCGGUUUAAUAUGUACAAUAACAAGGUCUAGUUUUAUAUUACCUUUGAUAGAAGAAUAUGUAUAUAAGAAUCUACGCCUUCGAACUCGACCGCAAAGGUGACCUCUGAUCAAUGAUAUCAACAAUUUACCAUAUCGGAUUCGCGACACGUCAAAUUUCAACUUGAAUAUUGUAUAUGGUGUGCGCACGUGCGCAUGUGAGAGGGAGAGAGAGAAAGUGUUUUAGUGAAAGUGAAAUUUCUACGAGUUAAUUCGAAAUUAGUAGAAAUUUUUAAAUGAAAAAUAUGAAUGAAGCCAAAUUUUGGAGUCUUCCUCCAAAACAAGCUCUGUACGAUCCACUUCUUGAAAAAGAUGCUUGUGGUGUCGGAUUUAUUGUUGCCAUAGAUGGAAAAAAAUCACAUAAGAUUGUUCGCGAUGCCGAGGUUCUUUCAGCGCGCAUGAACCAUCGGGGUGCCUGUGCUUGUGAUAACGACACUGGUGACGGAGCCGGUGUUUUAUGUGCAAUUCCACAUGAGUAUUAUGCCGAUGAAUUGCGCAAACAACAAAACAUCGAAUUACCAGAAUUUGGUCAUUAUGCUACUGGUAUUCUGUUUCUUGAUAAAAAUUCACAUCAACAAGCUGAAACUGCAUUUGAAAAAUUAGCUGAAGAAUGCUUUUUGAGGGUAAUUUGUUGGCGAGAUAUUCCAACAGACAACAUACGAAUUGGUCAAGUAGCGCGAAAAUGUGAACCUUACAUGCGUCAAGUCUUUGUUGCUGGUAAUGAAGACAAUAUUAAUCUUGAACGUCAAGUUUUUAUUUUGAGGAAAAGAUCAUCCCAUUCUAUACCACAAUUAGGAAUUAGAUAUUACAUAUGCUCACUUUCUAUACGAACAAUAGUUUACAAAGGACAAUUGACGGCGGAUCAAUUAUGGCUUUAUUUUUUAGAUUUGAAGUCUCCAAAUUUUGAAACCUAUUUGGCAUUAGUUCAUACAAGAUUCUCUACAAAUACAUUUCCUAGUUGGGAAAGAGCGCAUCCUCUUCGAUUAUUAGCGCACAAUGGUGAAAUUAAUACUUUAAGAGGUAACGUGAACCUAAUGAAAGCCCGUGAAGGAGUGAUGAGUAGUAAACUUUUUGGCGAACAAUUGAAACAGCUUUAUCCUGUAGUAGAGCCAAAUCUCUCGGAUUCAGGGGCCGUUGAUUGUGUUUUAGAAUUUUUGGUAAUGGUGGGUCAACGAUCUUUACCAGAGGCAGUAAUGACAAUGGUACCAGAAGCAUGGCAAAACGAUUUAACGAUGGCAACAGAAAAACGAGAUUUUUAUCACUGGGCUGCAUGUGCAAUGGAACCUUGGGAUGGUCCUGCUCUUUUAACUUUUACGGAUGGACGCUAUGUUGGUGCUAUUUUAGAUAGAAAUGGCCUGCGUCCAUCGCGUUUCUAUGUCACUAAGGAUAAUAUGAUGGUAAUGGCUUCUGAAGUGGGUGUUUACGAUACUCCAUCCAACAACAUAGUUCUGAAGAGUCGCUUGAAACCUGGUAGAAUGCUAUUGGUUGAUACAUAUGAAAAGAAGAUCAUAGAGGAUGUAGAAUUGAAAUUGCAAAUUUCGAGAAGUAGACCACAUUCUAAAUGGCUAAAAGAUCAGAUGAUUACAAUGGAAGAACUUCGUGCUGCAGACAUUGAUUAUAAAAAAACAUCGAGUACAAUUGAAAACGGUUUGGCCGUAGAUGAAGAAGUAGUUAAAAAAAAUAUAUUAAAUGAUGCAAAUCCAAUAUCUGUCGUUAAUCGAGUUUGGGGAGGAGAUAAAAGAUUAUCGCUCUAUGGAUAUACUCUUGAAACUAUUAAUUUACUUCUUUUACCAAUGAUGCAAUCUAAGAAAGAAUCAUUGGGUUCCAUGGGUAAUGAUGCUCCAUUAGCUUGUCUUUCUCAAUUUCAACCACUUAUUUAUGAUUAUUUUAAGCAAUUGUUUGCUCAGGUGACAAAUCCACCGAUAGAUCCGUUUAGAGAAAAGAUCGUAAUGUCAAUGCUUUGUCCUAUUGGGCCAGAAAGCAAUAUCCUUGAACCAAAUGAACUACAAGUGCAUAGAUUAUUUUUAUCACAACCAAUACUUUCUUUAGAUGAUCUUGAAGUAAUCAAACGAACAAAAUAUCGCGGUUGGAAAACUAAAAUAAUUGAUGCAACAUAUCCCGUACAAUAUGGUCCAUCUGGAUUAGUUGAUACGUUAAAUCGUGUCAGUCAAGAAGCUAAUCAUGCCGCAAAAGAAGGUUAUCAAUUUCUCGUUUUAUCUGAUCGACAAGGUAGUUCUGAAAGAGUGCCUGUAAGUAGCUUAUUAAUAUUGGGUGCAGUACAUCAUUAUCUAAUCGAAGAACGACAACGUAUGAAAGUUGGUCUCAUUUUGGAAACUGCUGAGGCUAGAGAAGUGCAUCAUAUAUGUUUGCUACUUGGCUAUGGAGCAGAUGCUAUUUGUCCAUAUCUUGUAUUUGAAAUGGCAAGAAAUCUUCGUAUGGAUGGUGUAUUAGAUUCAUCAUUAACUGAUAACGCUUUAUGUUCGAAUUAUGCAGAAGCAAUGGAGAGAGGAAUAGCAAAAGUAAUGGCAAAAAUGGGAAUUUCUACAUUACAAUCUUAUAAAGGAGCUCAAAUUUUUGAAGCAGUCGGUUUAUCUGAUGAAGUUAUUGAUAAAUGUUUCAAAGGUACACAAUCUCGUAUUGGUGGAGUAACUUUUGAUAUUUUAGCAAAAGAAGCAUUUGAAAGACAUCAAAUUACAUAUUGGGAAAAAUCUAUGGACAUGCUUAUUAUUCGCAAUCCAGGAAUCUAUCAUUGGAGAUCUGGAGGAGAAAAACACAUAAAUGAUCCUGAAAGUAUUGCUAAUUUGCAGGAUUAUGUGAAUUCAAAGAAUUGGAAUGCUUAUGAUAAAUAUCAAAAAACUACAAUGGAAAUGAUAAAAGCUUGUACUUUGCGUGGUCAAUUGGAAUUAGUAAAAAAAGCAGAAAAGUCAAUACCCAUUGAAGAAGUUGAACCAGCAUCUGAAAUUGUGAAACGAUUUGCAACAGGAGCUAUGAGUUUUGGAAGCAUUUCUAUAGAAGCACAUACUACUUUAGCAAUUGCUAUGAAUAAUAUCGGCGGUAAAUCAAAUACUGGUGAAGGAGGUGAAAAUGCUGAUAGGUAUUUAAUUAAACUAAAAAUGUCACAAGGAGCAAAACCAGGAGAAGGAGGUGAAUUGCCUGGUUAUAAGGUUACUGCUGAAAUUGCUGCAACUAGACACUCAGUACCUGGUGUAGGUUUAAUUUCACCACCACCACAUCAUGAUAUUUAUUCAAUUGAAGAUCUUGCAGAACUAAUUUAUGAUUUAAAAUGCGCAAAUCCAAAUGCUCGUAUUUCUGUCAAAUUGGUAUCAGAAGUAGGAGUAGGCGUAGUUGCAUCAGGUGUAGCUAAGGGUAAAGCAGAACAUAUCGUAAUAUCUGGUCAUGAUGGUGGAACUGGUGCUAGUACCUGGACAGGAAUAAAAUCCGCUGGAUUACCGUGGGAAUUAGGAGUUGCAGAAACUCAUCAAAUUUUAACUCUGAAUAAUCUUCGUUCACGUGUCAUUGUACAAGCAGAUGGUCAAAUGCGUACUGGAUUUGAUGUAAUAGUUGCAGCUCUUUUAGGUGCUGAUGAAUUUGGUUUUAGCACUGCACCUUUAAUUUCCAUGGGUUGUACUAUGAUGAGAAAAUGUCAUUUAAAUACUUGCCCUGUGGGUAUUGCGACUCAAGAUCCAGAACUUCGAAAAAAAUUUAAUGGGAAACCAGAACAUGUGAUUAAUUUUUUCUUUGCACUGGCAGAAGAGGUACGUUCUUAUAUGGCCGAUCUUGGAUUACGUAAAUUUCAAGAUUUAAUCGGUCGUACAGAUUUCUUAAAAGUUCGCAAUGAUAUCAUAAUAGAAAAGGCUAAAACAUUAAAGCUCGAUAAUAUUUUACGUAAUGCACUUGAACUUAGGCCAGGAGUAAAUAUUCAGGGAGGAUCAGUAAAACAAGAUUUUCAAUUAGAAAAUAGAUUGGAUAAUUAUGUGAUUGAAUUGAUCACAGAUGUAUUGAAUGGAAAAAAAAAUCAUGUUGAUAUUGAGUUAAAUAUUAACAAUGAAUGUAGAGCAUUUGCAGCAACAUUAAGCUAUCAUAUUUCAAAAUUAUAUGGUGAAAAUGGUUUACCUGAAGGUAGUAUUAAUAUAAAAAUGAAAGGUUCUGCAGGUCAGAGUUUUUGUGCUUUCAUGACCAAAGGCGUUCAUGUUACUCUUGAGGGAGAUGCUAAUGAUUAUGUUGCCAAAGGUUUAUGUGGAGGAGAAGUUGUUAUAUAUCCACCAAAGGACUGUACUUUCAAUUCCAAUACAAAUGUAAUUGUUGGUAAUGUUUGUCUUUAUGGUGCAACAUCUGGCAAAGCAUAUUUUCGAGGAAUUGCUGCUGAAAGAUUUUGUGUUCGUAAUAGUGGUGCAAUAGUAGUAGUUGAAGGUGUUGGUGAUCAUGGAUGCGAAUAUAUGACUGGUGGUUGUGCGAUAAUUUUGGGACUUACUGGUCGGAAUUUUGCUGCUGGAAUGUCUGGUGGAAUAGCCUAUGUUUUAGAUGUAGAUGGAUCGUUCAAAAGUAAAUGUAAUCCUGAUAUGGUAGAAUUGCUUCCUUUAAACAAGCAAGAAGAUAUUGCAUAUGUGAAAGAACUUUUAAAAGAAUUUGUUGAGAAAACUGGUUCUUUAAUAGCACAAGAUCUUUUAAUGUUAUGGCCUGAACCAACAACACGAUUUGUUAAGGUAUUUCCAUAUGAAUAUCAACGAGCAUUAAAACAAGUCAAAGAAACUAAACAAAUACAACCAAUAUCCAAUGGAAGUUCUCAAAUAUUAAACGUUCAGGUUAAAGAUAUUGAAGAUGCUAUUGCAAAUAUUGAUAUGGCACAGCAUAAGUUGGAUAAGAUAAGAGGAUUUAUGAAAUACAAAAGACAAAUGGGAGUUUACCGAUCAAUUGAAAAUCGAAUUGCCGAUUGGAAUGAAAUCUAUAACUUUCAAAGUGUCCGUAAAGGAUUGCGCAUACAAGCCGCAAGAUGUAUGGAAUGUGGUGUACCAUUUUGUCAAAGUAGCCAUGGUUGUCCAUUAGGAAAUAUCAUUCCUAAAUGGAAUGAUCUUGUUUUUCAAUCAAAUUGGAAAGAAGCUUUAAAUCAAUUAUUACAAACUAAUAAUUUUCCAGAAUUCACGGGAAGAGUUUGUCCUGCUCCGUGUGAAGGUGCCUGCGUUUUGAGUAUAUCGGAACCAGCAGUUACAAUAAAGAACAUUGAAUGCGCGAUAAUUGACCAUGCAUUCGAACAGGGUUGGAUAAUUCCAUAUCCACCAAAAAUGAGAACUGGUCGACGAAUAGCUAUAAUUGGUUCUGGUCCAGCUGGUUUAGCAGCAGCUCAUCAAUUAAAUAAAGCAGGCCAUUUAAUAACUGUUUAUGAAAGAAAUGAUCGAAUUGGAGGUCUAUUACAAUAUGGUAUCCCGACUAUGAAAUUAUCUAAACAGGUUGUUCAAAGAAGAGUUUCUCUACUUGCAGCAGAGGGUAUUAUAUUUAAGACUGGUGUCGAUGUUGGAAAACAUAUUUCUGUUAAGGAAUUAUGUGAACAAUAUGAUGCAAUGUUAAUAUGUACGGGUGCUACUUGGCCAAGGGAUUUACAAAUACCUGGUAGACAUCUUGAAGGAAUUCAUUUUGCUGUAAACUUUUUAGAAUAUUGGCAAAAGAAACAAAUGGGAAACGAUGCCUCAUUAGAUAUAUGUUUAAUGGCUAAAGAUAAAGAUGUUAUUAUAAUAGGUGGCGGUGAUACUGGUUGUGAUUGCAUAGCUACAUCUUUACGACAGGGUGCUAAAUCAAUUACUACUUUUGAAAUUUUGCCGGAACCACCAAGUAAAAGAGCACAUGAUAAUCCGUGGCCUCAAUUUCCACGUGUAUUUAAAGUAGAUUAUGGCCAUGAAGAAGUUUCUCUGAAAUUUGGUCGAGAUCCUCGUCAAUUUAGUACAUUGAGUAAAGAAUUUCUAGAUAAUGGAAGUGGUCACGUAAGUGGUAUCAAAACAAUUUCAGUAUCAUGGAUGAUGGAAAACGGACGUUGGAAAAUGGAAGAAAUUUCUGGAACAGAAAAGAUCUAUAAAUGUGAUCUAGUUCUACUCGCAAUGGGUUUCUUAGGCCCUGAAAAAUAUAUUGCAACAGAAUUAAAUACAGCAAUGGAUGAAAGAGGUAACUUCAAAACAUCACUUGGUAAAUACGAAACAAGUUUAACUGGAAUAUAUGCAGCAGGAGAUUGCCGACGUGGACAAUCUUUGGUAGUUUGGGCAAUCACAGAAGGUAGACAAGCCGCAAGAGAAAUAGAUCUGGCCUUAAUGGGAAAAACUGGUCUUCCUGUUUCCGGUGGUAUCAUAAAUAGUGUCGUGAAUUAAAACAGAAAUAUUUUUCAUUGUUAAUCAAUUAGAAAUCAAUAAUUUUUUUCUAACCUUUUUCUUCUACCGUACUUUCUUAUUUUUCUUUUUCUAUCUUCUCACAUAGUUGAAUUAUAUAAAAUAUGCGAUAUUGAGGUAGAAGAAUAAGUACAUUUAAUAACUAAGAAAAAAGCACGAUCAAUACAAGGAAAUCAGUAUUAUUUUAUCGUGAAUUUUCACGAUAUCGAAAGAUCUUAUCGUCAUUUGUGUUCAUUCACGAAAAGAAUGUUAGUUGGAUAUAGAAUAGUUGAAGUACAGAAGAUUUGCUCUUUUGUUUUAUGUAAUAUUUUAUGUAAUAUGAAUUGUCGUUUUAUGUAAUAUUCAUUAAUAUCU